GCGGGAGCUGCGCGCGAAGCUCGGAUCGCAAGAUGGCCGCGGAGAGGCUGUUCAACCGGCCGGUGUGUGUGCAAGUGCGAUGCCCGGGCUGCGAGGAGAGGAGAUUAAAUGUUCGGGUGAAUAUUGAGCUACUGUCAAUUUCUAAUCCUGUUCAUAAAAAGGAUUUAGCUGUUCGAUUGACUGAUGAUACCGAUCCUUUUUUCCUUUAUAACCUUGUCAUAUCUGAGGAAGAUUUUCAAAGUUUAAAGUCCCAGCAGGGUCUCCUGGUGGACUUCUCUGCUUUCCCACAAAAAUUUAUCGAUCUGCUUCAGCAAUGCAUUCAGGAACAGAAUAAAGAUAUCCCAAGGUUUUUGCUGCAGUUAGUUUCUUCAGCAUCUGUUCUAGAUCACACUCCUGUCUCUUUAAAUGUAGUGGAGACAAACCCUUUUAAGCACCUUACCCAUCUCUCUCUCAAAUUCCUACCAGGAAAUGAUGCAGAAAUAAAGAAGUUUUUAGCCAGCUGUUUGAAAUGCCUUAAGGAAGACAAACUGAUGUUGGAAGAAAAGCUUAGAAGAACUGAAGAGGAUCUUACCAGACAGCUGAGCUACACUCAACAGAGCUUGUCAGAGAGAAACCGGGAACUUGACAAACUGAAACAUGAGUGGACAUCACAUACUACAGCUCUAACAAGCAAACACACCCAGGAGCUGACAAAUGAAAAGGAGAGAGCUCUCCAGGCACAAGCUCAGUACCAACAACAGCAUGAACAGCAGAAAAAGGAACUGGAAAAUGUGCAUCAGAAAAGUAUUCAGCAGUUGCAGAACAGACUCUCGGAACUUGAGGUCAUCAAUAAGGAUCUAACAGAAAGGAGAUACAAAGGAGACUCCACAGUCAGAGAACUGAAAGCAAAGCUUUCUGGAUUAGAAGAUGAAUGUCAAAGAGCAAAGCAGGAGGUGCUGUCGCUGCGUCGGGAGAACACUACUCUGGAUGCUGAGUGCCAUGAAAAGGAGAAACUCAUCAACCAGCUACAGACACGUGUUGCUGUUCUGGAACAAGAGAUCAAAGACAAAGAUCAGCUAGUUAUUAGAACAAAAGAAGUACUGGAUGCGACACAAGAACAGAAGGUGAUCCUGGAGGAGAGCACAGAGAAAAAACACAAUCAUAUUGAAAAACUAGAGGCAACCAUUAAGUCGCUGUCAGCUGAACUGCUUAAGGCCAAUGAAAUUAUCAAGAAAUUACAGGGAGAUCUGAAAACACUCAUGAGCAAAUUAAAAUUGAAAAACACAGUAACAAUUCAGCAGGAAAAGCUCCUGGCAGAAAAGGAAGAGAGACUUCAAAAAGAGCAGAGGGAACUGCAGGAGAUGGGACAGUCUCUUCGAAUGAAAGAGCAGGAGGUUUGCAAGCUGCAGGAGCAGCUGGAAACCACUGUGCAGAAGCUGGAGGAAAGUAAGCAGUUACUGAAAACGAAUGAGAAUGUAAUCACAUGGUUAAACAAACAGCUGAAUGAAAUCCAGAUGACAAAGAAGCUGGAGACUUCUGCAAGUGCUCAUGCUGGUGUUAGGACUGCUAUCUCUCCUCAUGGCAUGCAUGAACGACCGUCCUUUCCCAGCUCAGGAAUCAGUCAUCCCAUUUCUCCUCUAUAUGCCUUCCAGAACUUUACAGAACCAGUGCACACCAAAUCCAUCAGUUCCCAGUGUCCAGGACCGAAGAUCCAGCUUAACACCCAGCUUCCUAAAAUGAAUCGAUGUUCAGAUUUGCAGACAGUGGCUGCAACCAGUCAUCCAGCGAAUAAGGAGAAUGGUGACAAUUUGGGGCUGGAUUCAAAGUAUUUCAAGAAGAAAGAUGACAGCAUUCCUUUACGAGGGCUUAGUCAAAAUACACUCAACUCAGAGUAUCUGAAACCCUACUUGCCUCCAAAAGCCACACAGUCACCGAAAGCUGCAGCAACGCCAGUGUCAGCUUAUUUUCCUGGAUAGCAGACAGGAUUCCAACAGUGGGAGUCCUCUCUUAAGCCCAGGGGGAUUUUUGGAUGUGCUGUAAUAAGGUAUUAGUAAAGUAUCAGUGUGAACUGACAAGAUUUUAUAACUGAAUCUCUUUUCUUUGCGAAAGAUGACUGACACAGAUGACUUCUCAGGAUAUAUGAGCCUAAGGGGAAGUUAAAGCUUUAAGCAGCCUUUGUGAGAACAAUGCUGCAGUCAGGUCCCUGAGGCUGUGCAGUGUCCGCUUGGAGAGCCUAUAAGUCUUCCUAAAACCCACCCGAGUGCACUGGCCUUUGUAUCAUAGGCAUUGACAAGUGUGGCUUUGUAGCAGGAGAGCUGGACACACUGGCAUUCCCUGAGAGAGACCAGGUCUCUUGUGCCAGUUCCUCUUGACUCUUUUCAGAGAAAGGAUGAUGCAAAUGGGAAGUGCUGGGAAUUGAGUAGUGCUGUCAAUGGUCAAGCUCAUAACUUAAUUUAGGGUGAUUGCUUUAAUCUGAAUUGCAUCCAGACUUACAAAUAAUGGAAUUAGUAUUAAAGAUGGACAAUUAAUGCACUGGCAGUUGAAAAUUGUAAUUCAGAGGUCUCACAUUUGGUUACCCUGCCUUUUCUAUUGAGGUCUCAGGGCUCUGUUCCACUGUGCAUAGAAGAUACCUGGUGAGCAUGGGAACAGUUAACCAGGGAGAGCAUCACAACAAGCUAAAAGCUACUUGAUUUUUACUAAUCAUCCUUUAACACUCUCAGACUGCAGGCAUUUAAGAUAGUUGGGUUUAGAGGGACUGAGUCUGUUCAGCUUGUCCUACUUCCUGGCUCCAAAUGCUCAAAUCCCCUAAGAAAGAGCUUCCUUCUGUGCUGUCUCUUACUCAGUGUAGGAUGCAAGUACUUGUAAACGUACAAAACACACCUGUUUUUAAUGGCUAUUUACAUACUUUUGUUGUUAAAGAGAUUUUGUACCUUUUACCUUAGUUAUUUAAGUGCAUCUAGAGGACUGUGUAUUUAAGUGGUUUGUUUUGCAGUGCAAAAUGUGUAUAUUUGUUUCUAAAUCGGCACUACUUUCAUGAUGGUCACUGGGUUUGGCAUGUGAAGGUUUCCAUGGAAAUAUUAAAUGGCUUUUAUUAAAA